GAGAGAGAGAGAGAGAGAGAGAGAGAGAGAGAGAGAGAGGUUUAAGAAAGAAGGAAAGAAAGAAUGGGAAGAGCUCCAUGUUGCUCAAAGGUGGGUUUGCACAGAGGGCCUUGGUCUGUUAAGGAAGACGGGUUGCUCAUUAAAUAUAUUCAAGCUCAUGGAGAAGGCCAUUGGAAAUCCAUGCCUAAAAGAGCAGGAUUACUUAGAUGUGGGAAGAGUUGCAGGCUAAGAUGGAUGAACUAUCUCCGACCUGACAUCAAGCGCGGGAACGUAACCCCGGACGAGGAAGACCUCAUCGUCCGCCUCCACGCCCUGCUUGGCAACCGCUGGUCCCUCAUAGCUGGGAGAUUGCCGGGCCGGACAGACAACGAGAUAAAGAACUACUGGAAUUCCCACCUCAGCAAGAGAGUGAACGAUGAUAAUCACCAAAGGAAUUGCAAUACUAGAGGCAUUAAGGGGCCCAAAAAGAGGAACAAUGUCACCGCUAAUAAGGUCAGGUCGUUCAUCAAUAAGCAGAAGCAAGAGAUGACCAAUGAAAAUGGCGAGACGAAAAUGACAAAGAUCAAAGUGCAUCAGCCAAAGCCCACUAGGGUUUCAGCUGUUGCAAGGAACAACGGUUGUAAUAGUUUUCUGAAGGGGUCAUGUGUCGACAAUAGUAAUAAUAAUAUUAUUGAAGAAAACCGAACAGCUCCAAGUGAACAGCUUCCGCAACAACUCCCUCCAUAUCUAUUGUCUGGUCCGUCGGUGAUGAGCGCCGCUUCCGACAUUUGGGGAGCGUUGGUUUUAGACGAAGAUCGUAUCAAUGUUAGCGAUGAGUGCUACUACUAUCAUGAUCGUCAUCAAGAAACCACAAGUUCGUGCGAAAUCUUGAUGCACACCAAGGAAGAGAACAACAGCAUGUUGCAGAAGAUCUUCGAGGAAUAUCAGGAGCUCCUGAGAGCGGAGGAUCGCGAGCAGAUGGGGACUUUCGUCAAUUCCUUGUUGAUUUGACUGGCAAGAAAAAAUUGUUGUUAAUUUUGUGAUUAAUAGUGUGAAGCAGUUGGCUUUUGCGCAUGUUCCGCAACGAA